AUGCCUUCUUUUACCUCAAAGACUCUUCUCGCCGCCGUUGCCGGUGCCAUAGGCGUUGCUGCCCACGGUCACGUUUCCCAGAUCAACGUUGCUGGCACUGUCUACGAAGGCUACGAUGCCCCCACUGCUCCCUACUACUCGACCCCCAAGACCCUCAUCGCCUGGUCAACCACCGCUACCGACAACGGUUAUGUCGCCCCUGAUGCCUUCAGCUCUGCAGACAUCAUCUGCCACCGCGGUGCUAAGAACGCCAAGGGCCACGCCAAGGUCAAGGCCGGUGACCAGAUCUACAUCAAGUGGACCAACUGGCCCGAGAGCCACAAGGGACCUGUCAUUGAUAUGUUGGCCUCUUGCGGUUCUGCCGGCUGUGAGACCGUCGACAAGGAGACCCUCAAGUUCUUUAAGAUCGACGAGGUUGGUCUCGUCAAGGCCGAUAACCCCGGUACCUACGGCUCUGACGAGCUCAUUGCCAACGACAACGGCUGGCUCGUUCAGAUACCUGAGAACAUCAAGGCCGGUGCCUAUGUCCUCCGUCAUGAGAUCAUUGCUCUCCAUGGUGGUUUCCAGGAGGACGGUGCCCAGAACUACCCUCAGUGCUUCAACCUCGAGAUCAAGGGUUCCGGCACUGAGCAGCCCGAGGGUAUUCUUGGAACUGAGCUGUACAAGCCUGACGACAGGGGCAUCAAGUUCGACAUCUACAGCAACCCUACCAGCUAUCCUAUCCCCGGCCCUGCUCUGAUCAAGGGUGCUGUUGAGGUCACGCAGGGCAAGCUCGCUGAGAAGUCCCAGGGUACUCCCACCACUGACUACGAUUCCGGUUCUGACUCUGGCUCCGACUCUGGCUCUGCCGCUCCCGCUACUCCCUCUAAGACUGAGGCUCCCGUUGCUGGUACCUCCGUUGCUGCUCCCGUUGCGACUUCCUCUGCCGCCCAGGAGCCUUCCACUCCUGUCCAGACUUCUGCCCCUGCUGCCCCUAAACCCACCAAGACUGGCUGCAAGUCUAAGCGCAGCAGCAAGAAGGCUCGCCAGACCAUCCGGCGCAUCGCCAAAGAUGACAGAGAUCUCCUCAAGCGUACGGCCACGAGUCUUGGGAUAGAGAAAGAAGAUUACAAGGCCAUAAGAUAA